CGGGUGUGCAUAAAAACGUGGACAGUGUUCUUGUAGCCAGGGCUUUGAUUGUUCACGGUUUUCUUGAAAACUGCGAAUCAAAGCUUUUCCUGUUUAAUUUUCCCUUAUUGGAACUAGUGUAAUUAUUAGAUAAUCAGUGUAAACUUUCCGGUCUAAUCGUGAUCGUCUGAGACAAGAUGGAUAACUCGCUGACUGCCAAGCAAAUCCGGAGUAUUUUUCUGGAUUUUUUCAAAGAAAAGAAACAUCUUUAUGUGCAUUCGUCGUCGACAAUUCCGCUGGAUGAUCCAACGUUGCUGUUCGCAAAUGCUGGCAUGAACCAGUUCAAGCCCAUUUUCUUGGGUACAGCUGAUCCAAACAGCGAAAUGUCCAAGUGGGUCCGUACGACCAACACGCAGAAGUGCAUCCGUGCCGGUGGUAAGCACAACGAUUUGGAUGAUGUAGGAAAGGACGUUUAUCAUCAUACAUUUUUCGAGAUGUUGGGAAAUUGGUCGUUCGGUGAUUAUUUUAAGAAGGAGAUCUGCACCUGGGCGUGGGAGCUGCUGACGGAACGGUUGAAGCUGCCAAAGGAGCGACUGUACGUGACCUACUUUGGCGGACACCCGGAGUCGGGGCUGGAACCGGAUUUGGAGUGUCGGGAAAUUUGGCUGAAGUUGGGUGUUAAAGAGGAGCAUAUUUUACCGGGUAGUAUGAAGGAUAACUUCUGGGAAAUGGGUGAGACCGGUCCGUGUGGGCCUUGUUCGGAGUUGCAUUUUGAUCGCAUUGGUGGUCGCAGUGUUCCGGAGUUGGUCAAUAUGGAUGAUCCGGAUGUGUUGGAGAUUUGGAAUUUGGUGUUUAUUCAAUUCAACCGAGAAGCGGACGGUUCUUUGAGACUGCUGCCGAAAAAGCAUAUUGAUUGUGGGUUGGGCUUUGAACGAUUGGUGUCGGUGAUUCAGAAUAAGCGAUCGAACUAUGAUACUGAUGUUUUCGUUCCACUGUUCGAUGCCAUUCAGAAAGGUACUGGAGCUCCCUCUUACCAGGGUCGCGUCGGAUCGGAUGACGCCGACGGUAUUGACAUGGCUUACCGGGUGUUGGCUGAUCACGCUCGUACAAUAACAAUCGCUUUGGCCGACGGUGGCUUUCCGGAUAACACUGGACGUGGCUAUGUGCUGCGGAGAAUUCUUCGUCGCGCCGUUCGCUACGGAACUGAAAAGCUGAACGCUAAGCCUGGAUUUUUUGCCACGCUGGUUGAUACAGUCGUAUCGCUACUCGGUGAUACCUUCCCGGAAGUUAGGAAAGAUCCUCAGCAUAUUAAGAAUAUCAUCAACGAGGAAGAGCAACAGUUCCUUAAGACAUUGUCGCGCGGGCGUAAUUUACUAAAUCGUACCAUUGCGAAAUUGGGUGAUUGCAAGGUGAUUCCGGGUGAUGUAGCUUGGCGUUUGUAUGACACGUAUGGAUUUCCAAUCGAUCUGACGCAGCUGAUGGCUGAAGAGAAAAACAUGACGAUCGAUAUGGAGGGUUACGAAAAGGCCAAACACCAUUCAUACAUUUUGUCGCAGGGUAAGGAAAAAUCGAAAGCGGCCACCGUCGAUCUGGAUGUGCAUGCCAUUUCUGAGCUGCAAGAGAAGAAGAUUCCCACGACGGACGAUUCGUUCAAAUAUCGUUACAAGGCAGACAGUACCGAUCCGUUGGCAGAGUAUCGGUUUGAGUCGUGCAACGGAAAGGUGCUUGCCCUUCGGUUCAAUAACGCUUUUGUGGAUGAAGUACAGGCUGGCCAGGAGUGUGGAGUUAUUCUGGACAAGACAAACUACUACGCCGAGAGCGGUGGUCAGAUUUAUGAUCAAGGCUAUCUAGUGAAGGUUAACGACGAAAGUACUGAGUUCAACGUGAAUCUUGUGUAUAACCGUGGCGGUUACAUUCUGCACAUUGGUGUGGUGGAAGGGACGUUGCGUGUCGGUGAUGAAGUCACUUGCCAUAUGGACACGGUUAGACGUCAACUAACGAUGAAGAAUCAUUCGGCUACGCAUGCUUUGAACCAUUCAUUGUUGAAAGUUCUUGGCCAGGACACCGAUCAGCGUGGUUCGCUGGUUGUACCGGAAAAGUUGCGUUUCGAUUUUACCAAUAAAUCUGCCAUGACCAUCGAGCAGGUUGCUGAAGCGGAACGUAUCACUCGUGAGGUGGUGCGAAAAAAUGUGCCGGUUUACGCUAAAGAAUCCAAGUUAGCAGUCGCCAAAACCAUUAAAGGCCUUCGGUCAGUUUUUGAUGAAGUUUAUCCGGAUCCCGUUCGCGUAAUUUCGUUUGGCGUUCCGGUUGACGAUCUGGAAGCAAACCCCGAAGGUGUUGCUGGUACCGAAACUUCGGUAGAAUUUUGUGGUGGAACCCAUCUCCAUCAGUCGGGUCACAUCGUUGAUUUCGUCAUAACUACCGAAGAGGCAAUUGCCAAAGGAAUUCGACGAAUUGUUGCUUUAACUGGCCCGGAAGCAUUGAAGGCACUGAAAAAGACCGAACUCUUGGAACAGGAAUUGAAUGCUCUUAAGGCCACGAUUGAUGCCGACAAAUCCGCUUCGGAAGCGAAGGAGCACGUCAAGAAGAUAGUAGAAUUGAACGAAGACGUCUCGCAAGCCACCAUUCCGUACGUCAAGAAGGACGAGAUUCGUAACGUACUUAAAGCACUGAAAAAGGCAUUGGACGACAAGGAACGUGCUGCCAAGGCCGCUGUUGCUGUAACAGUCGUAGAAAAGGCCAAAGAACUGUCGUUGGCAAACAAGGACGCUCCCUUCCUAGUCCACCGGUUGGAGGCUUUCAACAAUACGAAGGCACUCGAUUCCGCUCUGAAGGAGGUGCGCAAAAUUAACGCCGAACAAUCGGCACUGUUUGUUUCGUCCGACCCGGACAGUAAGAAAAUCUUUUGCCUAGCUUCGGUUCCCAAGUCCGCCGUGGAGAAAGGUCUCAAGGCAAACGAGUGGAUAUCGCACCUUUCCCCCAGUAUGGGCGGAAAGGGUGGUGGCAAACCCGAGUCGGCUCAGGCUUCGGGAGGCAAUUUCGACAAGGUGGAUGAAAUUCUGCAAUUGGCCCGUCAGUUUGCUGCCUCAAAAUUAUCAUAAAAUACACAAUGUGGUACCGAAAGUGCAUUUACAGUUUCAAUCAUUUUGCUCGACACCACCAUGAUUAGAUUGUUGAUUAUUUCGUCCAGUUUUAAAUUAUUCAUCUCUUUCAUUCGUAUCAAUUAUGUUCGGCUUUAUAACGAAAUUUGAUAAAACGAAUAAAAGCUUUUCUAGC